GCGCAGGAGGAUCUCAGGGCGCACGCACUGAGCGAAGUUUACGCUCAGUCCGACUCAGCUCUGCCUUCAGUUGAUUUGACCCAAUAAAGUAGGUUUCUCUAAGGAGUAUUUCUAUUUUUCUCGUGUGUCUGUUUCCACGCAAGAGAAGAAAACAGAUACAACUUUUUUUUCCAAUGGGAAUUUCAUCCCCGCGUAAAAUUUUGGCACACUUUUUCGCUCGGUGAAUUCACGGAGCCCCUUUUUUCCUGGAAACAUGCCGGAGCGAAUAAGCAUUUCGGAUUUUUUGGUGCUGACAAAUGAGGAUUUGUCUUCGCCCGGGACGUCCAGCUUCCAGUCCAAGAUGAGUGACUGCAAAAACACCGUUUCAGCGGUGGAAGAGUGUCUAGAGAUGGACAACUCAACUCUGCAGAGAAUGAAGAAGACGAUUAAGGCUAUACACACGUCUGGACUCUCCCAUGUGGAAAACAAGGAGCAGUACAUUGAGGUGAUGGAGAACUUGGGGAACAGCCACUUGAGCCAGGACAACGUGGAAAUCUCCACAGGUUUCCUUAACUUGGCUGUUUUCACCAGAGAGGUCACGGCACUCUUCAAAAACCUGGUGCAAAACCUCAACAACAUCAUGGCGUUUCCUUUGGAAAAUGUGCUGAAGUCUGAACUCCGGGACAGCAGAUUAGAACUCAAGAAACACAUGGAGAAAAGUUGGAAGGAUUACGACAUUAAAUUGGGAAAGUUGGAAAAGGAUAGAAGGGAGAAGGCGCGGCAGCUGGGACUGAUCAGGAGAGAGGGAUCCGACGGAGGGGAGGACAUGGAAAGGGAGAGGAGGAUCUUCCAGCUGCAGAUGUGUGAGUAUCUGUUGAAGAUCCAAGAGCUGAAGGUGCGUCAGGGACCUGACCUUCUCCAAAGCCUUAUUAAAUAUUUCCAAGCCCAGCUCAGUUUUUUUCAGGAUGGGCUGAAGGCUGCAGAGAACCUCGCUCCAUUCGUUGAGAAAAUUGCCUCUUCUAUUCACACGAUACGACUGGAGCAGGAUGAGGAGGUAAAAAAGCUUCUUCAGCUGAGGGAUUCUCUCAGGUUACUUCUUCAGGUUGAGGGCAAAGAGGAGUACCUGAACCGGAAGAAUUCAGGGAAUGGCUAUAGCAUCCACCAACCACAAGGAAACAAGAAAUAUGGGACAGAGAAAUCUGGCUUUCUCCAAAAAAAGAGCGAUGGGAUCAGAAAGGUUUGGCAAAGGAGGAAAUGUGGAGUCAAAUUUGGAUACUUGACUAUUUCCCACAGUACGAUCAAUCGACCACCGGCCAAACUGAACCUUCUGACCUGUCAGGUGCGACCCAACCCGGAAGACAGGAAGACCUUUGACUUGAUCACUCAUAACCGGACAUAUCAUUUUCAGGCUGAUGAUGAGCAGGAAUGUAUGAUCUGGGUGUCAGUGCUGCAGAACAGUAAAGAGCAGGCCCUGAAUACAGCGCUGGGAGGAGAUCAGCUCCAUGUCCAGGACAGCGGCCUGCAGGAACUUUCACAGUCCAUCAUCGCUGAUCUGCGCCACAUGCCAGGCAACGAGGCGUGUGCAGACUGCGGUGCUCCAGAUCCAACAUGGCUGUCUACCAACUUGGGCAUCCUUACAUGCAUCGAAUGCUCUGGCAUCCAUAGAGAUUUAGGAGUUCAUUACUCCAGGAUUCAGUCGCUCACUCUGGACCUGCUCAGCACCUCAGAACUGCUGUUGGCUGUCAGCAUCGGCAACACUAGAUUUAAUGACAUCAUGGAGGCAGGACUCCCAAAUGACUCUGUGAAACCGUUGCCACAAAGUGACAUGAAUGCCAGGAAGGAGUACAUUGUGGCAAAGUAUGCAGAGCGUCGGUACGUCCUCCGCAGGGAUGAGUCUGAUCCGGGUCGCUUGUACGACGCAGUCAGGAGCCGCGACCUUGUUUCGCUUCUGCAGCUCUAUGCUGAGGGAACGGACCUGUCCAAGCCGCUGACUCUUCCUGAAGGACAGGGGAUGGGAGAGACGGCUCUUCACCUCGCCGUACGUCUAGAGGAGAGAAGUUCUCUGGCGCUGGUGGAUUUCCUCUGCCAGAACAGCAACUGUCUGGAGAAGACAACAGUAGAUGGGAACACAGCUCUUCACUACAGCGUCUUACAGCACAAAACAGAGUCACUUAAGCUUCUGCUCAAAGCAAAAGCUUCUAUUCGCACAGUGAACUCAAGUGGAGAAACGGCUCUAGACAUGGCAAAGAGGCUGCAGCACACUCACUGCAUCGAGCUGUUGGAGCUGGCCAAAAAUGGGAAGUUCAACUCUCAGAUCCACGUGGAGUACAUGUGGGAGAGCCAGUCUCAGGAGUUCUAUGACAGCGAGGAUGACCUGGAUGAGAGAGUGAGUCCGUUGCCCAAAAACCGCUCCCCUCCUUCAAACGGCGGCGGUGGUUCCUCCUUUGCCCAGUGGGUGGGUAGCAAUGGUUCAGGCUUGGGCGUUAGACCCUGUCAGACAUAUGAGAACCUGGAGUUCCUGUACAAGAACCCUCCUGGCAACAGCGGCCAUAUGGGAGCAUCCUUACCACCACCGCUGCCAGCCAAAUCCGUCCAAAGAGGCCGUUCAGACCCCCAGAUAUCAGUCACAGCAGCACAGGAGGGGACCCACAUCCCACGGCGCUGCUCUAACCCGUCACCACACUCCUCCAGUCCUCAAACACAAGCAAAACAAAGUUUCUCUUCAUCAAAUACAGAAAUCCACAGUCAGAGUGUGAGACCCCCGCGCUCCCCCCAUGGACAGGGAGGUCUUCAACGAACACAUAGGCAGACCUGGGAUGGCCAACCUGGUUGUUUCCCACAGCCACCCAACCAGAGUCACAGUGGACCUGUCAGUUCAGAGAAGACCACAUCCUAUCGUCGGACCAGCAGUGGAGGGAUCAGCCAUGGAAAGUGUAGCUCUGAGUCUCUGAGCUGUGUGGGCAGCCAGGAGGAGCUCUACUGCAGCUUAGCGGGAGGCGCUAACAGCUCUAUUCCUUCUCCAGCACCUCGUCCCCGCAGGAAUGCUAUGGUCUCAGUCAACAGGCCAAACAAGCGUGUCAAGGCUCUGGUGGACUGCCGAGCGGUCAGCUCAGAGCAGCUUGCUUUCUUUAAAGAUGAAGUCAUUGUUGUCACAGCCAUUAAUGACCCCCACUGGUGGGUCGGCCACAUAGAGGGUGAUCCGUCCAGGAGUGGGACCUUUCCUGUCAACUACGUGCACAAACUAACAGACUGAUGUUAGUUUGUACUUUGGAGCCUUGGGACUUCAUCACCACAUGUGGAAAAAACAAAUCAACAAAACAAAGAGCUCUACUAAUGGAUCCAAGUAAUCUAGGAAUACUGUAGGAUCUACUGAGCAAAGGGCAGCUGCAGAAGAUAAUUACCUUUAAAGGGGAUUUGUUUCCUUCUGAAACAUUUGCUUAUCCUGGAAAGCAACAGAAAACUGAAAGCUUUUAUUUGUUGCCAUAAAUAUAGUUACCAAGAUAAAGCAAUGCUUGUAAUGGCUUUAUAGUUCUUUUAAAUAUUAAUCAAACAUUUGGGCUGCAGAUAUAAAAAACUGCCUGUACUGAUAAAAGACUUGUACACACAGGCAAAAUUUCACUGCAGGACAAAACCUCUUGAAGGCACUUUAAGAUUCAGAGGAAUCCUCUGAAGACCUAGGAAAGCUGUAAAUGUUUAAUUAGCCAGCUAGUGAUCUGUGAGUUGGCAGCUUUAUUGGUUCUGAAUGAAAAAUGAGGAGUAUUUUAAAUUACAGGUUAAUGGGAUUGAUGAGGUUCAGACCUGCCCAGUAUGUGCAGCAGACUGGCCUAGAACGUGCCUGCCAGUCUGUCUCCAGUAAAAAGUCAAUCUUAAUGCUUCAACCACCAUGACUCUAGCCCUCGGCCGGCUGCAGACAGAGUGCAGGAUCCAGUUUCUGUUGCCUCCAGCCAAAUGUCUCCAGAGAACCUGGAAUAACAGCAACAUGUUGGAGAGGGGAAAAAAAAGGAUCCUCUGGCUUACAGGAAAUGGUGCUUAAAGCAGACUUGGUAAUAAAAGCAUCCAUUCACUGUAAUUCAUUCAAGGUUGUUUCUGUUUUUACUUUUUAAACCCACAUUUUUCAUGACACACAAACAAACACAGAUACACUUCCAGGAUUCAGGAAAUGGAGAAAAGACAUCUGAGUAAACUGCACACAUUUCACUUCUUACACACAACAUUUUGUACAUAUCAACCAAAACCUAAUAUUUGCAGGUGAUGUAAGAAGUGAAUGCAUCCUGAAUCAAAUGACUGGUUCCUCUGAAAUAAAAGAUCUGGCAUGAGGAGUCAUUUCAAAUGUGUUUUCACCUUUAAUGUAACAUAAAUCAUGUUCAGUGUAGCUGAAAGAGGAUUUUGUAAACAGAAAAGUGUAUUAAAUAAAAAACUGUA